GCAGUCGCUGCCUGGAAGCGUGCUUAUAAUAUUAGUGUUGUUUGAAUUCCUAGGAAGUGAAUAUUUAACUAGAUCAGAUCAGAUCAGAUAUUUUUGUAGGGAUAAAUUUUUUCUUAUAGUAAGUGUUGUUUCAAGAGAGUGUCAUUUUCUCAACUGUAUGAAUAAAUCAAAGUCGAGGCCUAACACAUAAAGACAAUACUGAUACCAAAGUUAUUAAGUUACAUUCCUUGCCAUUAAGGAAUUUAAGAAAAAUGCAAACUUUGAAAAGAAUAAAUAUUGGAGUAAGAGCUUCAAGUUGUGUUGGCUUUAUCCUAUCAGUAUACGCCUAUGUUGUGGAAACAUCAAAAGAACAUGAUUCGACCUACAGUGCAUUGUGUGAUAUAAAUGAGCAUAUGAGUUGUAGUAGAGUGUUUACGUCAAAGUAUGGAAGAGGUUUUGGACUUCUCUACCAUUUAGUAGGCCAGGACUCUGUGCUCAAUCAACCUAAUAGUGUUGGAGGCAUGGUUUUCUACAUAAUGGUUAUCUUAUUAUCCUAUUCAGAUAAAGUUGCAGUGACUAAACUGCUGAUAUGUUUCUCCAUUGUGUCCAACGUGUGCUCCGUGUAUCUCGCCUGUAUCUUGUACUUUGUUCUACACGACUUUUGUGUCGUCUGCGUCAGCACUUACGUUGUCAACGCAGUCAAUUUGGCGUUGACUAUUGCCAAACUAAGGACAUUGCGGGAACUUUCUACAAAGGCCAAAGAUGACUAACUUCUAGUCCUGAUUGAAAUUUGUGUGAAAACUAAAGUUCGAAUAGAUUUAAAAAUAAGCCCUGUAUGUUGUUAUUCUGAUGUGUUAAUCUAAAUCAUAGGUAUACUACUAAUAUAUUAUCGUGUUACUGAUGAAGGCUGAAAUAAAUGUUUUAUAGUUAAUUAUGUUAGUGCAUAAUGAAUAUUUUCUAUUAAAAGUAUAGGUACUUUUUAUACAUUUUUCUGGAAUAAAUGUAUUUGAUAGUUUGUCAGAAGUAUAAAACAGAAAAGUGCAAAUAAAGUAAAUAUUGCUCAAUUAUUAUACAUGGUUUAUUUUAAAAAUCUAACCACCGUUGAGACAUAGAUGACAUUUGACAAGACUGAAAUUUAUAAAAUGGUUUGAUAUACAAAUCAACUUAAACUAUAGUCUGUUGCAUACUCAGAAGUAUUCUUUGGAGGGAUUAUUGGGAAAAAGGGAAACUAGGAUUUAUUAUAUUAAAUACGGAAAGUUUACUUAACUUGAAAUUUCAUGGCAUAGAUCCUUACUGCUUAAAGUUAUAAUAUGUACUGUAUUUAACAAAUACAUUAAAAACAAUUUAAAUAUAUAUUUGUAGUCUUGUGUACUACUUUUUAGCAUUUCUUAUGGAUUUUGGAGAUGAAACUUGCAUCUGAUACUUUCACUAAAAUACUGUAAAACUGAGUGAAACAUUGCUUAUUAAAACUUCCUUUUCCUACUUAGUCUGGACUCCAGAAGCCUUUGGUUGUCUUGUUUUACUACAUUACUGAAAAUAGAUCCAAGACCAAAUAAGAUCUUAAGAUUUAAAUCGAUUUGUCUCUAAAAUAUUGUAUUUUAAAGUGUUUAUAGCUAACAUUUAAUAGUGUGAUUGCCGAAUACUGCUUUGGCCACACACUCCACAGUUGCAAGAGUGGGUCGCGGGUUCUACAAUUGUAGAAUACAGGUUGUAAAAAAUAUAUUUGAGGCUCGUUUAAAUUUUUAUCAAAGCUAAUGUGAUAGAUGUGUAAAUUAUACUAUUUAAAACUACAUUAUGAGUUUCAUUAAUCUAUUUUCAACAAUGCCAAUUUAUAUAAUAAACUUUACAAGUAUCACAUGUGUAUACAUAAAAAUAUAAAAAAACUGUCCAGAGAUAUUCAACCGUUAGAAAAAUUAACUAUUCUCACAAUAACUCAUUGAUAAAAAACGAGUUAUUUCUUCUCCAGAAAUGUUCCAUUCCUACACACUCUUUACACGCUUUUAUGAUGGUCUGCCUAAACCCAUUUCUGGGAUUUGACACAAAUCCCCUUUGGUAUGUAUCCCUGUUUUUCUUCUUCCAUCAAGUUAUCCCUGUUUUUCUUCUUCCAUCAAGUUAUCUCACUGUGUUUUCAAUAUCACUGUGCUUAACUGUUUCUUCUACUUAAUUCUCCUCAAGUUCGUCUUCAUUCUUGUUACGAGUACUAAGCACACUUUCUACCUCUUCCAAUUACAUUCACAACUGUUCACCAUCACUGUAUACAUUUUCCAACCACAUUUACAACUGUUCACCAUAACUUUCUAUCUGUUCCAACCACAUUCAAAGCUGUUCACCACCACUUUCUACCUCUUCCAACCAUGUUCACAACUGUUCACUGCCACUUUCUACCUCUUCCAACCAU